CGCAGUAGCAUUAGCGGCACCACUGAUUCUCAGCGUGUCUUAUCAUUUUAGUGACAUUAAUGUUACUAAAAUUGUGUUAUUGUUACAUUAAAAUGUUAUUAUACCAUUUAGGUGAUUAAAUUCAGCUUCAACUCGCUGCUUUUAAACAUGUGUCGGCUUCCUGGACUCCGUGUUUGUCAUAAGUGAAGACCUCCUCAUCAAUGGCUCAGCUGUGGUCGAAAAUCUUUGCCGUUCUGCCUCCUAAUGAGGACCAGUUUCCCCUGCACUUCAGUGACACAGUGGAGUCAAGUGUGCUGGAUGUGCUGAAACGCUCCAGGCAGCAGCUGUACAGCGACACUUCCAGGGCCACCCGUGUGCUAAACGCUCAGAUCGUUUUGGAUUUUUCGUGGGAGAAGCUCAACACGGGAACGUGGCGCCAUGUGGACAAAGAGUGGAGACGUGUCUAUUCUUACGGUUGCCUUUUCAAAGUGGCCGCCCUGUGUCGUGACGGUCCAUCGGAGGACGAGGUGCGGCAGGCCGUCAGGACUUGUGACAUGGGUUUACUCAUGGGUGCGGCCGUCAUGGACAAUAUACUCCAGGUCAUUGUUGGGAUUCUCCAAAAUGAGGUCAGAAAAUCCUCUAAGGAAGACGAUGAAGUUGAACAAGUGGAGGUGAAGAGAAUAAAGAUCGAGCGCCCACAUGUUCCUGUGAUCAGAGAGGAGUCGGCUCUUCCCAGGGUAAAACGUCCAUCACUGGAGAGCUUCAACACAAACUAUCUGCUGCCUCGCAAACCAGUGGUUUUGGAAGGAAUCAUUGAUCACUGGCCGGCACUCAACACACACCCAUGGAGCAUAGAGUAUUUGAGGUCCGUGGCCGGUUGUCGAACUGUUCCCGUUGAGGUGGGAUCCAGGUACACGGACGAGGAAUGGUCACAGUCGCUGCUCACGGUCAAUGAAUUCAUCGAUCGAUAUAUCUGCAAUAAAGAUGGAGGGAAAGGUUUGGGCUAUCUGGCUCAGCACCAGCUUUUCGAUCAGAUACCAGAGCUGAAGGAAGACAUCCGCCUCCCUGAUUACUGCUGUCUCGGUGAAGACGACGAAGAUAACAUCACCAUAAACGCGUGGUUUGGACCCGGCGGUACAGUCUCUCCUCUUCACCAGGACCCUCAGCAAAACUUCUUGGCUCAGGUUGUGGGAAGCAAAUACAUUCGCCUUUAUUCCCCAGAGGACACAGACAAGCUGUACCCUCAUCAGUCACAGCUGCUUCACAAUACCAGUCAGGUGGAGGUGGAGAAUCCAGACACGGAGCUUUUCCCGGCGUUUGCCAAAGCUCCGUUUCUCGAGUGUGUCCUGCACCCCGGAGACGUGCUGUUCAUCCCUGUCCAGCACUGGCAUUACGUCCGAUCCUUGGAGCUCAGCUUCUCCGUCAGCUUCUGGUGGUCCUGAAUUCUGGAUUUGUAAUAAUAAAAAAUAUAUUUUGCUACCAGAA